CAGCCCCUCCCCCCUCCGUCUCUUUAAGGCAACCCACGAGGCCUCAAGGGGUGGGGGGACCAUCUUUUUCUCAUGGUCCACGUAGCCCCACUUCCCCCGCAAGUUCAGAGCCCGCCUCAUGUAAACCCGAGGGCCCCCUCCCGGGCAAGACAGAGAGAGCUGGAGGAGGCUAGCUGGGGUUGGACGGGCUUUUCCUCCUCUUCCCGCCUCCCCUCUCCACCCCUCCCAACAAUGGAGGGGCUUCUCUGGCUCUGGUUUGGUCUUGGGGUAGUGGGGAGUGAGGGUUCCCCCCUUGCCACUGUGGCCUGGCACCACGACCAGGGGUUGCUGGCAGAGUUCGAUGGGAUCCUCGUGACCCAGCGGCCGGGCACAGAGCUGCCCCGGGGCACAGUAGGUAUCCGGAAGGGCAAUGCCUCCCUCCUCCUCCACCGUGUGGCUUUGGGAGACCUGGGCCUUUAUCGCUGCACCGUGAACAUGGGGGGACAGCAGGGUGAGGCCAGCAUACUGCUGGAAGCCGCAGGUACCCACCUGCAGAUCUACACAGAGCCCUCCUCCCGGGCAGCCAUCGGUUCUCCUUCGCUACUCAAGUGCCGCUUCAGCAUAGGGGAUGUCAUCGAGCUGAACUCGCUCCGCGUAAACUGGGUGGCCCCGGGGGGUUACACCGUGACCCAGUUCCCCCCGGGGCCGAAGGAAAACGAGGAGGGUCCCGGGGGAUCCUCGGCGUUAGGUGCCAUCUCCGAGGAGGAGCUGCAUUUGGGCAAUGCUUCGCUGAUCCUGAGGGUGCGGCCGGGAGACGAGGGGCCUUACACCUGCACCGUGGGCUACCGGAACGAGGAGCGGCACAGCGAGACCCUCGUCAGUGUCUUCGCUGCGCCCCACCUCUCAUUACCUUCAGUCCAAGGCUCUCUGGAGGAGAAGAUUCUCCUCCUGUGCCAGGUCCUCGGUUUCUACCCAGCGGAGGGCCUGCGGGCCCAGUGGCUGCGGGAUGAGCAGGAGCUCCCCGGAGCUCUUAUUGAGCGCCCCCGGCUUAACUCGAAUGGGACCUUCGACUUGAAGCUGACUCUUCCCUUGACCCUACAAUCCCGGGACCUGGGAGCCUCCUUUGUCUGCCGCGUGGACCAUCCUGCCCUGGAACAGCCCUUGCACCAGACUUUGCAAAUAAAGAUUCAAAAAGCAGGAGAAUGGCAGCGAGCUAAUCAGAACCCCAGUGGAACUUCUUUCGGCAUUAUCUUAAUCAUCCUCCUGGCCAUCACUCUACUAGCCAUAGCCGUAACCCACAGGUGGAGCAGAUGGAGAGAAAGGGGAGCGUCUCAAUUUCAGCUACCUCCAUUCCCAUCUCUGGACUUAGAGGUGGAGCAGAGAGAGACCCGGACGGCUGCAGAUGGGCAGGAUAGAGAGCAGCCUCUGACAAAAAUCGGGCCCCAGUUAUCUGGGAGAGCUUGGAAGAUGGAAGGACAGUUCCCAAAGGGAGAAGAAGAAUCUGAGGGAAAACCCCCGAGCGAGGAAAGAUUCAGGAGUAAUGAAGGACAGAUUGUGGGAGAAGACAGAGAGACUGAGGAACAGACUUCAGGGUGGGCCGGGCCUGAGGGACAGGAGGUGGGAGGAGAAUCCGUACAGGUGAUAGGUAACCACGGAGGAGAGCUCAAGGAUCAGGCAAUGGAGAGUAAUAGGAAAGGGACUGAAGGGCAGGGAGUGGGAGAGGGUGAAGGAGAUAAUGAGGGCCUGGCAAAGAGGGACAGUAAAGGAGGGUUAGAGGGACAGAUCACGCUGGAUAGUGGAAGUGAGACCGAGGGGCAGUUAAUGGGGGAGAAUGAAGGACCAGUGAUGGGGUGUAGUGGAGAGCGAGUGGAGGGACAGAUAACGGGAGGGGACAGAGAAGGGGACGGGGGUGGCACUGUGGAGCCUCUAGUGGGGUGUGAUCGAAGAGAUGACGGGGCACUUGAACUAGGGGAUAACAGAGGACAAAUGAAGCAUCAGAGAGCGGGAAAGGCUGGAGGAAUUGAGGGACGGGGAUUGGGGGAGGACGGAGAAGGGAAUGAGGGACCUAUAGGUGGAAGUGGAGGAGCUAUGCAACGGGCAGUGGGUGAGGAGGGAGAUGAGGGGCAGGUCUCGGGAGAGAAUGAAGGAGGGUGCAAGGAAGAGGUAGUGCGGGAGCCUGAAAGAGUCACUCUGGAACAGGAAGUUGGAGAGUCUGAGGGACAAGUGGAGAGAGAAAUGGAGGGACACAUCCUGAAGCAGGAUGGAGGAGGGACUGAAGAACAGAACGCAAAGGGAUCUGGGGAAGAGGAGGCACAGUCCACCAGUGCAGAAGGGAGGCUGGGGUAAUAUGAAGAGAAAGAGGAACAAGAAGGGAUAGAACAACUGAGGCAUAGCCCUUAAGGGAAGGGAGCGGGGGGCACCUCAGGGAACUGCUCACGGGAGAAAACGAAAGGGGAUUUCCCUCACGGGGGAAAAAGCUCCCCCUGACAUUGAAGGAAAUGGGAAAGAGGGGAAAUUAAAGAGGCCAUAAAUCAACCACUGUGAGAAGAUGGAGGUAAAGGGAAUUGGAGAGAUGGGCCAGAGGCCUUUCCUUCUAGCUGGCUACAAGUUUUAGAUGAAAAAAUAAACCUGAAUAGGUCUUGGCAUUGA